UUGUUUUGUAAACCUUGGAGAUCCAGAUUUUGACAGUUUUGGAUCUGGGUUUUUUUUAUUUUGUGUUUUGUUUUUAUUCAUUUCUUUGGUUUAUAUGUGAACAUCAUAUUGAAAGUGCCUUGGAUGGGUUGUGAAGAUGAUGACAGUAAAAUUGGAUUAAAAAGGUUCAGUUACUGUGAAUUCUACUGUUGUAUGUGUGCCACACCCAUCACUGUUUUCAUACUUCAGCUAUGAUCAUAGUACUGGCAACAGUGAAGAAGAUUGAGGUGCCACUGGACAUGGUAGAUGAGGAAACUAUGUCCCACUGCCGUUUAACAUCUUCUUCUGCAAGAUGAAAUUUCACUAUGUGCAUGGAUCUGCUGUCACGUUGUCCAGCGAUAAACAACAUGCCACACGGACGGACACCCACUUCUGUAAUGGCAUCGUGUUUGGACACCAGCCCAUCAGUAUCGGUAAGAAAUACUGCAUAGAGCUUUCCUGCAUUAUAGCAUGGAGUGGUGCUAUUCGAAUAGGACUGACGACGAUCAAUCCGGUAACUCUGAACCAGGAUGAUAUUCCCAAGUAUGCGUUUCCCGAUCUCAUGAGAAAGGAAGGCUACUGGGUGAGAUCACUCAAUGAGAGUCUGGUGUCUCCGGGAGCGAGGCUGACGUUCUACGUGACGUCGGCUGGCCAGCUACAACUGUUUGUGGAUGGGGACCACAAGGGGGCGCUGCUCGCCAACCUGCCCACAAACCAGCCGCUGUGGCUAAUUCUCGACAUCUACGGCAACACAAACGGUGCCAAGUUUGUUAAACCAGACGAUGCACCAAAGGAAAUCACAGCUCGUGGUCCCAAGGCGAUAGAAGCGUAUGAGAAGUCGUGUCAGUCGGGGACACAGUCAGUGUACCGCACUCGGCUCAUGCUGGUGGGAAAAGACAGAGUCGGAAAAACAAGCUUGAAGAAGUCACUCACUGGUCAAUGUCAAAUUGCCAGUGAUGAGAGAACCGAUGGAAUUGACCUGUCUGCAUCCUGUUCUUAUAACCUCAAUAACAGGUCAUCCUGGAAACUGGCCAUCAAGGGAUACAGUACAGAGAAAGAAGAAACAGAAGAUGACAAAAAGAAUUUAGGAAUUUUGGGUGGUUCGGAUGGAAUUGAAGAAGAAUAUCAUAAAGCCCUUGCAACCAACAUUGUUCAGGAACUGUUAUUUCAAAAACGACAAGUAGAAAGUGCUACGAAAUCUCCCAGUCCUGUAAAGAGCACAUCAGCAGCUAGCAUUGAUGGAAGAAAGUUAAAGCCUCAAGAUAAACGAAAGUCAUCCAUCACUAAGGUGUUGAAUCAUAAUGUUGUUGAGAAUGUGACGAUCCCUCCCGAUUUGAUGAGUGACAUUCCCAUCCGAGUGGUGGAGCUGGUGCAGGAGAUGUUGAACAAUGCUGGCGGUACGACCAAGUCACACUCGGACGACCAAGAGAACACCAACAGAUGUCACAAUGCUGGCGGUACGACCAAGUCACACUCGGACGACCAAGAGAACACCAACAGAUGUCACAAUGUUGUGCUCAAUAUCUGGGAUUUUGCAGGCCAAGCUGUUUAUUACACCACUCAUCAAGUGUUCCUUACAUCAAGAGCUGUAUAUGUGAUUGUCUUCAAACUUAAUGAUGACCUUACGAAGAAUGAUGAAGAAUGUAAAAUACAGACUGAUCAUGAAGAAGAUCUGUCGGUGUUGGAGUACAUGGAUUUCUGGAUGAGAUCCAUCCACAGCCACGCCGCCGAAAACACCCGCAACAGUGUGGACAAUACCAAACUGUCACCGCCCAUCUUCAUUGUGGGAACCCAUCGAAGCAGUCUGCACCCAGAUGUCCGCACACAGAAUGAGUUGGUCGAAGCCAAGUUCAGUGAGCUGAGGAAGUUUAUUACUGGCAAGCCAUAUGCUCAGCACAUUGUGACACCAUUUUUUGCUGUGGAAAAUAAUUAUGAAUUGGGAGAAGAUCCACAGAUUGAUCGCCUCAGAGAAGAGAUUGAGAAGGUAUCUCAUGGGGAGCCGUACAUGGGGGAGCAGAUUCCUAUCAAGUGGUUAAAGUUUGAACAAGAGAUUGUUCAGUUAGCAGAUGAAGGAACAAACUUUGCAACUUAUGAUCAGAUGUCUGAAAUUGCUCACAACCACGACAUAAUAUCCCUAGAUGAAGUGCAGACGAUGCUGGAGUUCUAUCACGCCCUCGGCGUGGUCAUUCACUAUGGCGCUCUGAGCACCCCCAGCAGUGUCUUACAGGACACGGUGGUCUUAAAACCCCAGUGGCUCAUUGACAUGUUCAAACGCAUCAUCACCACAGACGAACCACACGAUAAGUGGAACCUGCUGUCUGACAAGUGGGACGAGCUGCUGGAGACAGGCGUGCUGGAGGAACCACUCAUCGACAAACUGUGGGAAGACGCGCUUGGCCAGAAACAUCUUCUCCUCAAACUGAUGGAGACCUUCGACCUCAUAUCGGAGAGACUGCCGCCUCAAGGACUGACUAAGAGCUAUUAUGUGCCGAUGUGUCUAAGAAAGUGUCAGGACAAACGAAGACUGUAUUCUCCAUUUGAAAAUGAUGCUGUCUUCUAUUUGGACUUCAGUGGAUUUUUGCCAGAUGGCUUGUUUUUUCGUAUUCUAACGCGUACUGUGAGAUGGUCACAGGACAAUGGAGGACGUGACCUUCACCUUUUCCGCAGGGUUGCCCGGUUUUACCUUGAUUCGGAUCACGACUUCGUGUUGGAACUUGCUCCACGGUGCUACCAGAGAAUAAAAGUCACAAUAAUGUUUGUUGGUGAUGGUAAUGACAGAAUGACAGUGACUGAUACUACAACAAGAAAAAGUCCCACGCCAGCUGCCUGUGCCAGGGUGAGGUAUUUUCUGGAGUGUACACUGUCUGACUUGCGCUCUCUGUGGAUGAAGAGAAUAGCUUACAAGACAUGUGUGGUCUGUCCGUGUUGGAAAGAGUGUACACUGCACAGUCAGAGCGGAUGUGCGGAGGAAUCGUGUAUUCACUUCCUAGACAUUGAUGAAUGUAUCACCAGUAAGGUUGUGUGCUGUGAACACCGCCGAGUUAAGACUGAUACUAUCAAGAACUGGUUUCCUGUCCCAAAGUUAGAUUUUCAGCAGCCUAUUGUUCCUCCACUGUGUUUACAAGAAGCUGGUGGGAACAUUGAGAAAAAUGUUCCCGAUCUUCCCAUAUGGAUGAAGGGAGCAGCUAAACUACUGAACGGAGGGGAUGAAAACCAGGACUGGACUUCACUGGCAAAGCUUAUGGGUUACAAGCAGACGCAAAUAGACAGGAUCAACGAAGAUUUAAACCCGUCCCUAGCUCUGCUUACUGACUGGAUCCUGAGCAGUGGCAACACGAAUCUCUCUGUCGACCUGUUAUGUGUCUAUCUAGAGCAGCUUAGUCGUGACGAUAUUGUCGACGUUAUCCAGAGAGCAAAAGAGACUGGGAUCGCGCCUGCCCAGGUGUUCAUCAGCUACCAGUGGGACAUCCAGGACAACGUCCAGUCACUGAGAGACCACCUGGAGCGGGCAGGAUUCUCCUGCUGGAUGGACAUCGGUCAGAUGGGGGCCGGCGACCAGCUCAAUGUGAAGAUAGACGAGGGCAUUCGCAAGAGCAAAGCCGUGAUUGCCUGUCUGUCUCCGAAGUACGUGGUGUCCCACCACUGUAACAGAGAACUCAGUCUGGCAGACAUCCUGCAGAAACCGGUCAUCCCUGUCAUGUUUGAGAACGUCAUGUGGCCUCCACUAGGGGGCAUGGCAGUCAUAUUCUCGCAGCUUGCUUACAUCAAUAUGAAAGGUGUUGGGGGUCAUGGUGGGACAGGGAUUCACGCGGAUCUGGAAGACAAGUACAAUGAAAUCAUCCAGAGGCUAUCUCUGCACGUGACCCCGGUUUACACCCCGUGUAUCGACACCACAGUGGCCAAACUGAUGAAAGAGACGGAUGAGGUGAGCUGGUCGUUUGUCGACAACAGCAUGGAGAGUGGCUCGGAUACGGAGCUUGACCUGGCCCCCCCGGCCCAGUGGGACAUGACCACGCCCAGUCUGCACUCGGUGAUGAGGAACACGCCUGGGGCCCACGUACACAUCGUGGAGCCGGUCCACGUCACCAAGUGUGCUGUCUGCAUCAUUUUAUAACACAAAUUAUAAAUAAAUAAAACUAAAAACAUUUCAGCUGUCAACCCUGCUCAAGUGGCCACUUCUGUAAAGCAGCCACAUAUCUUAAGUCAUCUGAGAUCAUCUAACAUUGUACAGAUUGACCUGAAUUAUGCAGUCACCUGUGUAAAAAUGUCAUGUUAGUAUUUUCACAAAUCAUUUAAUAUAGUACAAUGUGACCUGAAUUGUGCAGUCACCUUUUUAAAAGGUCAUAAUAGUAUUUUCACAAAUCAUUUAAUGUAGUACAAAUUGACCUAAAUUAAGCAGUCACCUGUGUUAAAAAGUCAUGUUGGUAUUUUUUACAAAUCAUUUAGUAAUGUACAGAUUGACCUGAAUUAUGCA